UAUCAAUUAAUGUCUAUUAGAUAUUAUGCUUUACAAUCCAUAUUACUUUACACAUGUCUAAAUACCAUAUAAUUACCUUUAGAAACUCUAUAUCAUACAAUUUACUAAUCAAGGGCUUAUUUAUCUAUCAUUCCUCUAAGCAUCAUUAUUAUUUACGACACUCAAAAUAUUACCUAAACCUAAAUAUUGGGCAAGAAAUAAGUUUUGGAAAUUAUUACCUUAUACUUAAACAACACUUACUAUCUUUUGGAUUAUUAAUCGUUUUCUUAUACCAAAUCAAGGAUUACAAUUUGUCUUCCCUAAAUAAAUAUAACACAUCUAAUCAUCAAAUCUUUUGCAAACACCUUUGCUAUAUCAUAGAUAAUAUGUUAUUAAUAAGUUAUUAGCUUAUCAAUAAGAAUAAUCAUAAACUACAAAAAAACAAAAAUUAUCCCUCAAUUAAAAAUUAAAGGAUGCCAAUUAAAUCAUUAUUGAUUAAUCUCUAGAUAAUUCUAGAGUGAGAUCUAUUUAUUAAUUGGACUUCAAUUAAUCACUCUACUCUGAUAUUUUACUCUACAAAAAAGAGUUAGCUAACUUUAUGAUCAAAUCCAUAUGA